GAAAAUGUAUGCACUCACUAACUGUAAGUCGCUCUGGAUAAGAGCGUCUGCUAAAUUACGUAAAUGUAAAUAUACAACUGUUAGUUACUAACUCUUGAUGAACUAUAAUUGGAUUAGCAACUAAUUACAUUACUAUUUCCCUUUCUUUCUUUUUUUUUACCACUUGACACAUUUAAUAAACUCCCUGGAGUUACAAAAUGUCCUCUUUAGUCAAAAAGCAUUAGGGUCGACUCAGUGCUUGUGCUCCUUCUGUCUCUUGGGCUCGUGCUUAAACUUCAGUCUCUCUCCAUUAUUUCAGGUGCUGUGGCCUGAAACAAAGUUACUGAGUGUUAAAACUCAUAAUUGGACUAGUAACAUUUAUUUGAGGGGCACAGUCAGCUCGUGCUCUCUCACACCAUUUGGGCACACAGAGCUCUUUCUGUUUAUCUGCGACUCUUCUUCUCUGGAGACAGAUGUGUCAAUUUUGACAAGUAACGUUACAGAAGAAGAAAGUUACCAAGCUUUAUGGGAUAGUGGUGAAGUAAACAACGGUAUUUAGCUAGACUAGGCUAAACAUCCAGCUGUUGUGUUAGCGAGCUACGACAGAGUCGAUCAUACAAAUGAAUUAUUCAGAGAAAUUACAAUGAAGAACAACAUGUUCAUGGAAACAGAGGGAGUACCAAGCACUGCCAUCCGAGAGAUAUCGCUCCUCAAAGAGCUCAGCCACCCAAAUAUUGUCAAGCUCUGUGAUGUCAUCCACACGGAGAACAAACUGUACCUGGUUUUUGAGUUCCUUCAUCAGGACCUUAAGAAGUUCAUGGACUCCUCCUCGGUCUCUGGUAUCCCUCUGCCACUUGUCAAGAGUUACCUGUUCCAGCUGCUGCAGGGCCUGGCCUUCUGUCACUCCCACAGGGUUCUCCAUCGGGACCUGAAGCCCCAGAACCUGCUCAUCAACGCCCAGGGGGAGAUCAAGCUGGCUGACUUCGGCCUGGCUAGGGCCUUUGGGGUGCCUGUCCGCACCUACACUCAUGAGGUGGUAACUCUAUGGUACAGAGCUCCAGAAAUUCUCUUGGGUUGCAAAUACUACUCCACACCGGUUGACAUCUGGAGUUUGGGCUGCAUCUUUGCUGAAAUGAUCACCAGGAGGGCCUUGUUUCCAGGCGACUCAGAGAUCGAUCAGCUGUUCCGGAUCUUCCGUACCCUGGGCACACCGGACGAGGCGGCCUGGCCAGGGGUCACUUCCAUGCCAGACUACAAGCCAUCCUUCCCCAAGUGGGCCCGGCAGGAGCUGUCCAAAGUGGUGCCCCCUCUGGAUGAUAACGGAAGAGAGCUGCUCAGGCAAAUGCUGAGCUAUGACCCAAACAAGAGGAUAUCUGCCAAAAAUGCCCUCGUCCAUCGGUUUUUCCGUGAUGUCACCAUGCCAAUGCCACACCUACGACUGUGAGACAUGCAGACUGACAGGAACAAUACAUAGCCCAGGGUCUUUCCAUGAGAGAUCCCUGAGCAGAAGGACUGCCCCAGCUCUUAUCCACACCUGAAUACUACAGUCCAGGAGAUGGGAGAGAUCACAGUGAAAUAUGGGUGCCUUUCCAAAAAUCAUUCUAGCAGCCAAAACCAGCAUUUUAAUAAAUUAGAUGUCCUGUGAGUUUUUUUCUCUACAGCUAUGAGUGCCUGUUUUGUCAUGGAGAAUGAACUCUACAAUUAUUACAGCAUUUUAUGUGUGUUGAAAGGGUUAACUUGGUUUGUGGGAGGGGGGAUGUACAUUUACAUUUUAGUCAUUUAGCAGAUGCAAGCUCUUUAUUCGUUCAUUGCAUAAUUUAUGAUAGUUUAUUAAAUUCAUUUGAGGUUUA